AUGAUAGUCAUACUCGAAGGCUUCCUCCGCGACUUCAACUCUGUCCUACCACUGUUCAAUCCUCAGACAGUCCGUCGUCUUGUGACAGACUUCUAUCGAUCGUUGCCUGGACGGCAAGACCCAGUCGUCUUCGCGGCUAUGAAUGUGGUACUGGGCCUUUCUCAUCGGCAUGCGGUGAACGGAAAGAGUCACGCAGGUGACGCAGCUGAGUACCUUCGCAGAGCGCAGUCUGUUGUGACCGAGGUCAUAUUGGGGGAGACUCAUUUGCUCAACAUUCAAGUCUUGCUAGGAAUGGUGAUCUUACUGCGAGGAUCCCGCGACGAUCAGACUCUCCUCAUCCUUGUCGCCACCGCAAUGCGUCUGGCGCAUAAGCUUGGACUCCAUGAUCGUGCUACCUCCCAACUAUUGGACUCUGCAAGCGCAGCGGAACGUGCAAACGUGUUCUGGAUUGCGUAUGUUCUUGACAAGCACAUAAGUAUGGCGAUGAAGCAGCCGUCUGUUCAGCUAGAUGACGACAUUGACCUCGAUCUGCCUUCAGACUACAUGCUUGAGCACACACCUGAAGCCUUGACAGUCGGUUCAGGCGCAAUCACCUCUACUGACGAAUUGCUGAAACCGGAUUACUUCCGCGCCAGGAUCCAACUGGCCAGCAUCGAAGGUGGAGUGUACGACUAUCUGUACUCAACAAGGGCGCAGAAGCGAAAUGCGGAAGAGCGAGCACAUGCUCUCGACAGUGUUGCUCGUGCCCUGAAAGCGUGGAAGGCAUCAAUGGCCACUGAUUUUGGUGAUGCGUCUGUUGUGAGACGCACCAGUCCGGAGACGUUGCAUUUCGUGACGGAACUACACGCUACUGCUUUUCAAUGCGCGACACUGAUCAAUCAUGCUCAUGCUUGGAAUCCGAAAUGGGUCACAGAUAUUCGCACGACUGCAUUGAACGGCACCGCACUCUUGCUGCCUCCAUCAUGGCAGGAGGUAGUCUUCGAGGCAAGGAAGUUAAUGGACCUCUUCCAUGCGUUGCCCGAGAUGGAACCUGCUAACUUCUGGGUCAGCGGAUGUUCUUACAUAAGCGCUCUAAUGAUUGUCACAGCGAACCUUGUCAACAACAGUUUGGAUCGCAAAGCAAUGAUCCACGACCGACUAGUUGAUAUCGGUAUCGAAAAGCUAACGACCAUGAGUGACCGAACUGGAAGCCAACAGCUUCUCGAGUUUCGAGACAUGUGUCAGGAGCUGAAACAGAAUUCUCGUUUGCAUUUGGGAAUGCAGCAGACUCUCCCGGUGUAUUGA